GGCGCUCGGAGGAGGGGGAUCGCGCUGCUCUGGCCGAGGAUCGUGGGAGUUGCCGUCGAAAGGGGCAACCAUGGUGAAGGAAACCGGCUAUUAUGAGACUCUGGGAGUGAAACCCAAUGCCGCCACCGAUGAAAUUAAGCGUGCCUACCGCAAGUUAGCAUUGAAGUACCAUCCUGACAAGAACCCCAGCGAGGGCGAGCGGUUUAAGCUCAUAUCCCAGGCUUAUGAAGUCCUGUCAGAUCCAAAGAAAAGAGAUCUCUAUGACCAGGGUGGGGAGCAAGCUAUUAAAGAAGGCGGCUUAAGUGGCGGCAAUUUCUCUUCACCCAUGGACAUCUUUGACAUGUUCUUUGGUGGCGGUGGCCGAAUGAAUAGAGAGAGAAGAGGUAAGAAUGUUGUCCAUCAAUUGAGUAUCUCGCUGGAAGAUCUGUAUAUUGGAGCUACAAGAAAGCUGGCACUUCAGAAGAACGUUAUCUGUGACAAGUGCAAAGGUUAUGGUGGGAAGAAAGGUGCUGUAGAAAAGUGCCCCACCUGCAAAGGGCGAGGUGUGCAGGUGCUUGUUCAGCAGAUUGGGCCUGGCAUGGUGCAGCAGAUUCAGACAGUGUGUCCAGACUGUAAAGGCCAGGGUGAACGAAUAAACCCCAAGGACAGGUGUACCAAUUGCAAUGGCAACAAGGUGGUUAGAGAAAAAAAGAUCAUCGAAAUUCACAUUGAUAAAGGUAUGAAAGAUGGUCAGAAACUAGUAUUUCAUGGAGAAGGUGAUCAAGAACCUGAUUUGGAGCCUGGAGAUGUCAUUAUUGUACUCGAUCAAAAGGAUCACCCUAUAUUUCAGAGGAGAGGCAAUGACUUAGUUAUGAAAAUGAAAAUCCAGCUGACAGAGGCAUUGUGUGGCUUCAGAAAGACAAUUGAAACACUGGAUGACAGAGUCCUUUUAAUAACCUCCAGACCAGGUGAAGUGAUAAAGCACGGAGACAUCAAAUGUAUCUUAAAUGAAGGAAUGCCAAUUUACAGAUCUCCGAUGGAAAAAGGUUCCUUGAUAAUACAGUUUUUGGUUGCAUUCCCAGAACAUCACUGGCUUUCCAAGGAUCAGCUCCCUCUGUUAGAAGCUUUGCUCCCCCCCCGAGAGGAAGUUACGAUUUCCGAGGAUAUGGAUCAAGUUGAUCUUGUAGAAUUUGAUCCAAAGGAACGACCGUACCGAAACCAUGGCGAAGCCUACGAAGAGGACGAAGGCGGCCCUAGAACUGGUGUGCAGUGCCAGACAUCUUGAACUGAGCGGUCCGGGACUCAGUUGUAACAACUUCAGGAACAAUUGCUGCGCUCUGCUCGUGGCGUUCAGCACAAAGAAUGGCUGUAUAUUAGUUCUAUUUCAUAUUUAUGUGUUCAUGUAAAAAAAAUGGAUCUGUGUAACUUAAAACAUGAAUGUGCUGCUGUUCGAUAUAAAUAAGGCCCUUUCAUUUACUCUAAAGUAA